AUGUUUAAUUUCACAGGGGAAACAAAAAGACGGAAUGUCAACUUGGGUGACAAGAAACGAACCGGGUUUGGUGGAUUCGGCACCAAUGCAUUUUUAGAGCAAUCACGGAAAGAACGAGAACAACGAGAACAACAACGACUCCGGGAGAAAUCUGCAACUGCCUUGCAACAUGCAGUUAGACUGUAUCUAAAAUCAAAGGAAGAGAUUGAGAAACUACGCCAUGAUUGGCUCGAUACCGAUUUCAAAGAUGUAAAUCUUUGGCAUUACAUAUCUCAGUUUGCCACAUUAGUACGAUGGUUUACACUGAAGGGAGAGAUUGAACAGGGAAAAUUGAUCGAAGUGGUAUCCAAAUUACUAAAUGAUGUGGAAGAAACACAUUUGGAACCCCUGAACGAAAACCAAGCAGCAUUGUUUUAUCUUGGACAAUUCCUAUCUAGUCGCCUUUCACAAAAAAAAAUAAGGAGCUUGCUUAAAUGGCAAAUGUUUCAUAUUAUUAAAGCAUUGUAUGAAAAAUUUCAUUUUUCAUCCACCUAUUUGUUGUCACAACUUGGUUUUUUCAUUCAGUCGGAGCGGCAAGAACUGGAGCACCGAGAGAAAGCCACUACGGCUCUAGAUCUUGCCUACAGAAUAGCCCAUUCACUACUCAAAAAUAAUAGGGCUUCAUCUUUUGCAUCUUCCCUUCUUCUGAUCCUUGCAUUGGAUGUUUACACCCGACCAAAUGAGAAUUACUUGGAAGUAUUGCACGAUUUCACCAACAAGAAACAGAGCGAAAUUGAUGAUUAUUUAAAAGAAAAUGAAUCAGCUAAGGAUAAACUUUUGUACAUGAUGGUCAAUUUUCUAACCAUUCACGGAGAUGGUGCAUACACAAUUCAAGAUUUGCACUUGAUCCAUAGCUUGUUGAAGUAUAACCAAGCCUUGGUGUUGGAUAACUAUCCUGAUGAACGCGAAUCACAACAAAUGAAAGAUAAAGGAAUGAGCGCAAUUGUGUUACCACCUUCCAAAAUGAAAACAUUGGAGAAGAUGUACACUGCUGAUUUUCUUCAAAAUUUGCUUAAUCUAGGAGGGAUAAAUCCCCAAGUCUCGUCUGAUACGCUCGCGAAACUAAUUGCUUUGAAUCCAUCGUGGAAACAACUUGUCCUAAACCAAAUUUGUGUUGAUCCAUCGAACAUAUUGACUAUAUGUUCUCAAUUUCUCAAACGUGCUGAAGAACUCCAACCAACAUCGGAGAACUUUGAAAAUGCACUUCUUUCGGGUGAUUUUUUUAAUAGUUUGGUCCUCUUUGAAGAAGUAUAUUCCUAUUGGCUUAUCGUAUCCAAUGAUACUGAAUCUUUUCAACAAACUGGGAUAUACGGAGAGUUGUUGGUGGGGCUUUGUAAUUUUUUGAAACUAUUGUGCACUUGUUUUGCUAAAAAGUCUGACUUGGGUAACAAAUACCUCCGUCAAAAAACCUUCACUUUAGUUGAUCAAUUGUAUUUGAAGAAUUUACGAUUGAAAUUUCUACCACCUGAUUUUUGGCUAGCCACACAAUGCAGCUAUAAUUUUGAUAAGUUGCUUAGUUAUGUCAUUCAAGAUUAUAUGGAAGAUCUGAUUGACGAUGAUGACGACAAUAAAGAAAGGGAAGCAUUUUUGCAAAGUAUGCCCAAUACUUAUCGAGAGAUGCUCACAUUACUAAAACAUGUGCCCUACUUUAUCCCAUUCAAUGAUCGAGUUAAGAUUUUUCAACAAUUGAUUGAAGUUGAUAGUCAAAAUAGCUCACCAUAUUGGGGGUUUAUGGAGCCCAGAGUUAAAGCAGAAAUUAGGCGACAGAAUUUACUUCAAGAUGCGUUUGAAGCGUUUAGUAAAAUGGGUAAUCUGUUUAAGAAUAGAAUUCAAGUGGAAUUCUUUAAUGAGUAUGGACCAGAAGCAGGGAUUGACGGAGGCGGUAUAACCAAAGAAUUCUUAACUAGUGUUGUAAAAGAGGGAUUCGAUCCUGUUCAGGGGCUUUUUAAAGAGACUGGCGAUAAUCAAAUAUAUCCUAAUGAAGAAAUUUGUCUCAAGAUGAAAUUAGGUCAAGAUGUUUAUGAUGCAAGAGGUAAAUUAGAAUAUAUUCAAUUUAUGGGAAUGUGUGUUGGAAAAUGUUUGUAUGAAAAUGUCUUGAUCGAUGUAUCGUUUGCGCCAUUUUUCAUCAACAAAUGGUGUAUGGAUGGGUUUAAAAACACUGUUAAUGAUUUGAGUUAUUUCGAUGGAGAAUUGUUCACAAACUUGAUCAAAUUAACCCAUAUGUCCAAUGAGGAGUUACAACACUUAGAUUUGGUAUUUGCGAUUAAUGAAAAAGUUGAUGGUGAAACAUAUAAUUUUGAAUUGAUACCCAAUGGGAAAUCCAUCGAGGUCAAUAAAUUAAAUGUUCAGUAUUACCUUCAUAAAUUUGCUGAUUUCAAAUUGAAUCAAUUGUUAUUACCACAAACUAAAGCUUUCUUAUCAGGACUAUUUUCAAUCAUUCCACGUAAAUGGUUUAUGAUGUUUGAUUAUUAUGAAUUACAAAUGUUGAUCUCAGGAGGUAAAAAGGACGUUGAUGUCAAUGAUUGGCAAAACAAUGUUGAAUAUGGGGGAUAUUUACCUCAUGAUAUAAGUAUUCGAUAUUUUUGGGAAAUUGUUAAUGAAAUGUCACCACAAGAAAAGUCGAAAUUGAUCAAAUUCGUUACAUCAGUGAGUCGAGCUCCAUUACUUGGAUUUGGGGUAUUGAAUCCUAAAUUCGGAAUACGAAAUUCAGGUAGAGAUGUGACGAGAUUACCUACAGCUUCAACUUGUGUUAAUUUGUUAAAGUUACCCGAUUAUCAAAAUAAACAAAUUAUGAAGGAAAAGUUGCUUUAUGCUAUAAACACAGAAUCUGGAUUCGAUUUGUCAUAA